CGCUCUGCUUCCGUGAUUUCUUCUCCUGCCGUGACAGACAGGUAAUACGACGUGGAAGUGUAUCGAUAAUAUUCACCUGUAAACAUCAAGGAACAACCGAAUAGAGCACAGUUACGAAAAAGAGAUGGCCUUUCGGUUGCGAGUUCUAAUGAGGCCUCUGGUGUCGGCAAGCCAAAGUCAGAUGAGAGCAAGUAUACAUGUACCAGUAUCAGCUAGAGUCGUGCACAAAGCAGUCUCAAUACAAAGCAGGCACUUGUCGUCGGCGGAUUCACCUCCCUAUGAAGAGUUCAACGUACAGAGUACAGAGGACUUCAAUGAGAGAGUCAUCAACAGCAAAAUCCCAACAGUAGUAGACUUCCAUGCAUCGUGGUGCAAACCUUGCCACGCCCUGGCCCCCAGGCUCCACGAGGUCCUGUCCGAGCGGCCAGGCCUGGUCCAGCUCGCCAAGGUGGACGUGGACAAGCACACGGACCUGGCCAUGGACUACGACGUCAGCUCCAUCCCCAAGGUGGUCAUGGUCAAGGAGGGAAAGGUCGCCGGUCAGUUCGUGGGUCUGAUGGACAAGGACAAAAUUGAAAGCUUUAUUGAUAGGCUGACCACAUAAUGACACCGAUCCUUUUUGGGGGAGAAAAAACAGGGCUGCAUGUUUCCUUUGCACUGUACAAAAAAUCCUAUUCGUGCUGAUGGAGAUGGACAAGAUUGAGAGCUCUGUCCAUGAGGCUGAUGAUGUCAUAAGAACACUGAGCCUUUUGAGUGAGAAUCCCAAUUCAUGUCCCUGCCACAUGGGAAUAGGGGACAUUGUAUACAGCAACUGCCAGCAGAAUUUGCACCAAACUUAGGCAAAAACUGUAAUUUGUCGGAGAAUUGCAAAAGCACAAACCUGAUAGGAAUCUCUGCAAACUGUCCUCACUGUACAUGCCUUAGUUUAUAAAUUUGUACUUUUUCUCCGAGGGGCCAGUGUUUGUGGUCCAGUUUUUGGAGCCAAGAUAAUAUAUAACAUGUGUGCACUUUGUAGCUUUUCACGACUGUAGGUUUUAUACAGGAUCCUUUAUUCCUAUACUGCCCUGCCUUUUUUUGUUUUAUUUGUAAUUCACAAUUUUAACAUUAAGAACUGCCAUUGAAAACUUGAAAAUGCUAGAGCUUCGAUUCUCUACAUGUUAGUGCUCAUUUGGC